AUGACCACCAGUGAUGCAGUGGACAAUUGUGAGGGUGAUCACAUCCACAUGCCCCUGAACUGUGAUGCAGAAACACAAUGGGAGGAUCCAUCUGUCUCUGACCACAACUACAGUUCAAAAUCACAACUCAACCUGAAGCCACCUACAUCUGAUAUGGGAACACAAUGCAUUGAGCCGGUGCCAUUGUACAUAACUCUGCUGAGAAAAAACAACCUUUGUCAGCUAUACACAGGGUUGACAUUGGAUGCAUUUCAUUCAGUUGCCGAGCACCUUACCAGGUCCAGUACAUACACCAACAGCUUCCAGCUACACACUUGGGAUCAGCUCCUGAUGACUCUGAUGAAGCUGCGUCUUAAUUUAUUGCAGGGUGAUCUUGCUGAAAGGUUUGGUGUUUCUCAGUCCAUUGUAAGCAAGGUGAUUUCAUGUUGGAUUGACAUCAUGGAGGAGAACAUGAGGGAUUACAUACCAUGGCUUCCCAGGGAGACAAUCCAGGCAACAAUGCCUCAGUGUUUCAGAGAACAAUUCCCAAAUACAACAUGUGUGAUCGACUGUUCAGAGACACCCCUUCAAAAGCCACGCAACCUUGACUCAAGAGGCGAGUCCUACAGCCAUUACUACGGCCAGAACACCAUCAAAUACCUGGUCUCUAUUGCACCAUGUGGACUGAUCAUGUUCAUCUCACCAGCGUAUGGAGGAAGGUGCAGUGACAAAUUCAUAACUGCAAAUUCAGGGUUCCUGGAAUACCUUCGUCCAGGCGAUGAAGUAAUGGCAGACAGAGGCUUCACCAUUACCGAUCUCCUGUAUGAAAGGAAGGUGAAACUUGUCAUUCCAGCAUUCACCAAGAGAGGCAUGCAACUCUCUGAAGAAGACACCACCAACACUAGGCGCAUUGCCAAUGUACGUGUCCAUGUUGAGUGGGUCAUAUGCCGACUGAAAAACUUCAAAAUCCUUUGUCAAACAGUUCCAAUUAACCUCACCCCUAAGAUUGAUAACAUUUACGGCUGA